AUGGAAUCCGUAGCUCCUGGCCUCGAGUGCUCGACUCUGCGGCUGUGGCUGGGGCUGUUGCUACUAUGCAGCUGGUGGUACCCUGGGAGCGCCGAGCCGCGGGCCCCGCCGGAGAAGAUCGCGGUUAUUGGAGCUGGAAUUGGUGGCACUUCAGCAGCCUAUUAUCUGCGGCAGAAAUUUGGGAAAGAUGUGAAGAUUCACGUGUUUGAAAAAGGAAAGGUGGGAGGCCGUCUGGCCACCUUGAAUGUGCAGGGGCAAGAAUUUGAGUCAGGAGGUUCUGUCAUCCAUCCUUUAAAUCUGCACAUGAAACGUUUUGUCAAGGAUCUGGGUCUCUCUGCUGUUCAGAGCCCUAGUGGCCUAGUGGGGGUGUAUAAUGGAGAGACCCUGGUAUAUGAGGAGAGCAGCUGGUUUAUAAUUAACAUGAUUAAACUAAUUUGGCACUAUGGAUUUCAGUCCCUCCGAAUGCACAUGUGGGUAGAGGAUAUAUUAGACAAGUUUAUGAGGAUCUACCGCUACCAGUCUCAUGACUAUGCCUUCAGUAGCGUAGAAAAGUUACUGCAUUCCCUAGGAGGGGACGACUAUCUUGGAUUAUUUAACCGGUCACUUCUUGAAACCUUGCAGAAAGCAGGCUUCUCUGAGAAGUUCCUUGAUGAAGUUAUUACUCCUGUCAUGAGGGUAAAUUAUGGCCAAACUACAAACAUCAACGGCUUUGUAGGGGCAGUGUCGAUGUCCUGUACUGAUCCUGGCCUUUGGGCAGUAAAAGGUGGCAAUAAACUUGUUUGCUCAAGACUCCUUCAGGCUUCCAGAAGCAACCUUGUCUCAGGCUUAGUAAUGUCCAUAGAGGAGAAAACAAGGACCAAGCAGACGGGAAAUCCCUCAAAGGUGUAUGAAGUGGUCUACCAAACUGGAUCUGAGACCCAUUCAGACUUCUAUGAUAUUGUCCUGGUGGCCACUCCAUUGAAUCGGAAAAUGUCCAACAUAAAUUUUCUCAACUUCGAUCCUCCAAUUGAGGAAUUCCAUCAACACUAUGAACCUUUAGUGACAACUUUAAUUAAAGGGGAGUUGAAUUCAACUGUCUUUAGCUCUAGAGCCUUAAAUGAGUUUCAUCUUGGUACAGUCUUAACCACUGAUAAUCCAGAUUUAUUCAUUAACAGCAUUGGGCUUGUGUCCCCUGUAGAAGACAGUAAUCCUCAGCCAAAAGCAGAUAUAGCACAUGUUUGGAAGAUCUUUUCUGCAGCACCACUUAGUAAAGAACAAAUUUUAAAGCUCUUUGUGUCCUACGAUUAUGCUGUGAAGCAGUCAUGGCUUGCAUACCCUCAUUAUACGCCUCCAGAGAAAUGCCCCUCCAUCAUACUUCAUGAUCGACUUUAUUACCUCAACGGCAUAGAGUUUGCAGCAAGUGCCAUGGAAAUGAGUGCCAUUGCAGGCUACAAUGCUGCUCUCCUUGCCUAUCACCGCUGGAAUGGGAACACACACAUGAUUGACCAAGAGGACUUAUAUGAGAGACUUAAAACGGAACUAUGA